AUGGCUGCUCCGAUCUCCAAGGCGGAGAAGUCGUUCAUUCAAGCGGGCAUCCUCCUCGACCCGCCGACGCGCCUAGAUGGACGCGCGCUGCAUGAGUUUCGCGAGAUCCAGCUGGAGACGGGCGUUGCACCACUAGCUAGUGGGAGCGCGAGGCUGACGAUUGGCGCGGGGAAGGAUGGGAGCGGCGGCACGGAGGUGUGGGCGGCGACGAAGCUCGAGGUCGUGGAUGUGGCGGACGGCGAGCGGCAGGGCGUGGUGUGCUCGGUGACUUGCUCCCCUCAGGCCUACCCACACCUCACCGCACCCGCGCUCGAUGAUCUCCAGGCCGACCUCACUUCCCUUCUCGACACCACUCUCGCGCACCCUUCCCUCCUCCCCGCCUCCCUCACCAUCAUCCCCGCGAAAAAGGCCUGGCUCCUCGCACUUGACUGCGUCGUCCUCGCCGCCGCGGGGAGCGUCCCCGACGCCCUCUUCAUGGCCGCGCGUGCAGCGCUGUGGGAUACGCGCGUGCCGCGGACGCGCGCGGUCGAGUAUCGCGCCGCCCCCGGCGCAUCAGGCGCGAGGGGCAAGAACGCGGCGCAGGGCGCGGGCGCGGGCGACAUGGACGUCGACGGGCCCGCUGCCAGUGCGUUCGACACGCGGGAGGCGGUGCGCGCGGCGGCCGACUUUGAGCUGCUCGACUACUGGGAGGAGGGCGAGGUGCUGGGCGGCCGGGAGCGCUGGCCGGUGGGCGUGACGUUGAAUUUGAUGCCUCCAUCGCCUGCCUACUUCCUCGACGCUAGUCCGCAAGAGGAGCUGAGUGCACCGAUGCGGUGCUUCGCGGCGUUCUCGUUCGACGAGGGUCCGAGAUUGCAGGCGUUCAGGUUGCUGGGCGCAGGGGAGGUCCCGCUGGGAGAUAUGGAUAGGUUGUUGGGCGACGCAGAAAAGUGCGCGUCGCAGAUCCACGCAGCGCUCAAUACACGGCUAGAACAGGAAGACAUCCGGCGCGAGCAGGAAGAGCGGCAGCGAUUCAACGCGGUGCGCUGAUAAGUGUGUAUGUUUGUAAUAUACAAAAUUGCGUGGGCGUUGUCCCUGCUAUGCGAAUCAUGCCUACAUGCUCUACGGCUCAUCCAGUCCCACCAACGUGUCCAUCCACCCCGCCUCGCCCUUCUUCGGCUGCCCUGCCCCCUGCCCUUGCCGCUCUUUCGGCGUCUCCGUGAUCAUAGCUUCCACCGCGUCCCCCGUCUGCGACGACGCGAUCGAGGACAGGCUGGCGGGCGGCACGUACUCCUUCACGGCGACGGCGAUCGCGGAUGCGAGGUCGUUCGACUUGAUGCCGAGUGCUUCUGCCAGCGCCUCAAUGCGGGACUCGACGGUCUCGUCGUUGGCGUCUUUGCCGAUUUUGUCGGGGUGUCUACCCUCUGGGGGUGCCAUGUAGUUCGGCCGCUUGCCUAGGGCGAGGUUCCA